CCUCUGGAGGCCGUGAGGAGAGGCUGGGGAUGGGGACAAGGCUCCCACAGGGCAGCCUGCCCCACAUGGCCCCUUUAAUGUCCCCCUCCUGCUGUCCCCGGGAGGCGGGGAAGGGGGCACGGCUUGGGGCGGGCGGCAGCCUCCAGAGGCCGCCCGCUGGCGGGGCAGUCGCAGCGUGAGGGCGGCAGGAGCACGGGCUUUGGGUUUUUUUUCGCCCUCUUCGUGUCUCUUAAUCAUCGACCCGGCGGCUUUGGCAGAGGCUGUGUGGGGGAAUUUCCCCGUUCCCAGCCUGCUGGGGACGGCAACACCGCCCUCGGCACCUCAGCUCUUCCGCGGGGGGCUAAGAGUGACUCCUUGAGCCGCGCAUUUAUUUUUAUUUUUUUGGGGGGGAAAAAACGAAGAAUCCGCUGCGUUUGGAGGCUGAGAGGACUCUUAGGUACUUCGCCAUUGAUGCAUCCGACGUGGAUAUUUUGGAGAGGCUUAAAAGAAGAAUCAAUAAUGUCAGCGCUGAACUGGAAGCCCUUUCUCUAUGGAGGUUUAGCAUCAAUCACUGCAGAAUGCGGUACUUUCCCAAUUGAUCUGACUAAAACACGUCUGCAGGUUCAAGGUCAAGUAAAUGAUGCUAAAUAUAAAGAGAUCCGCUACCGUGGAAUGAUGCACGCCCUGGUCAGAAUAUGCAGAGAAGAAGGACUGAAAGCCUUAUACUCUGGGAUUGCACCUGCAAUGCUACGGCAAGCUUCAUACGGAACUAUAAAAAUAGGCACUUACCAGAGCUUAAAAAGAAUGUUUGUUGAGCGUCCAGAAGAUGAAACCCUGAUGAUAAAUGUUCUAUGUGGCAUCCUUUCAGGAGUAAUUUCAUCGUCUAUUGCCAACCCUACAGAUGUCUUAAAGAUCAGAAUGCAAGCCCAGGGUAGUGUGAUUCAAGGAGGAAUGAUGGGCAACUUUAUACAGAUCUACCAAACAGAAGGCACUAAAGGAUUAUGGAAGGGGGUGUCCCUGACAGCACAGAGAGCUGCUAUUGUUGUUGGAGUGGAACUGCCGGUGUAUGACCUUACCAAGAAGCACCUAAUCAUGUCUGGCUAUAUGGGAGACACAGUAUAUACUCACUUCCUCUCCAGUUUUACGUGUGGGCUAGCUGGAGCCCUUGCAUCCAACCCAGUUGAUGUUGUGAGGACACGCAUGAUGAAUGAGAGAAGCCAACGAAACGGUGCACACUCAAACUACAAGGGCACUCUGGAUUGCUUGUUACAAACCUGGAAGAAUGAGGGCUUUUUUGCUCUCUAUAAAGGGUUUUGGCCAAACUGGCUAAGACUUGGUCCUUGGAAUAUCAUUUUCUUCCUGACAUACGAACAGCUGAAGAAACUAGACUUGUGACGUACUGAAGCCUGUACUGCAUUCUUCUACCACGCUGUUUGAAUGUAGAGCAACUUGUAAGUUAUCUCGAGUAUCUUCUCUUCUUCCUGCCUGAGAUCAUGACCAAAGGAAGAGGUCAUCACAGGACUGUGGCCAGUCACCCAGAAGUGAUGUCAAGGCUCCUGUACCAUUGGCUUGCUCACAUGAUGAAGUGGAUGACGUGCACUAUUUUCUAGACUGAGCCAAAUGGGAUGGUAUUCCUUUCCAGCUCUUGAAGUAUUCCUGAAUGUGAAGAUCCCUAAUGUCACUUUCGCUGUCGAGACCCAGAUGCACAGUGUUUUAUAAGUGUCAGAGGUUGAAAACAAUUUUUAUUUUUCUAAAGGAGGAUAGGUACUACCAAAGCAUCGGGCUUUUACUGUUUUCAGAAGAGUACAAUAUUUGACUGCAAUAGUUCAGUUCUUAUUUAACUGCAAGUGCCAUGAGAUGUCUUUACAGCCUUCCAUUUUACCUGCUGCAAUACAAAAUCUGCUUCUGAUUUUAUAGACUACCUGUGUUGCAAGUUCUGCUGAACUUGCUGGGAAUAAACCAGCUUCACUGGCAGGUGGGGUUGCUACAGUUCUCGGUUGUGCGUAGUGUGAGGAGAGCUUUUUCCACUGUAUCGUUCUUGGUUUUCAGAGUAAGUGGUUUCUGAACAUAUUCGUAUGUAAACUUGAAUUAGGAAUGAAGUUCAGACAAGCCCAUGCUCAUCUGCCUGUCCUGAGAGGACAUUUCUGGUGUUGGGAAGAACUGCUUUGAUGUAUAGCUGCUAUGGGCAGUUACAAAGGUGUGGAAAAAGAAAUUCUGAAUGGAGCAGUUCAGGCCAGUUAAUGUAGGUGCAAAUGUGAAAAGAAGAAAGGUAAGUCCAAGAAAGACUGCUUUUAUUACUUAAAAAAGUAAAAACAAACAAACGAAAAAAGCAACACCAACAACUAACAAAAAAAAAUAGAUUUUGACCCAUCCUGGAAAAGAAAAAACAAAAAAUCUGACAAAUCUGCCAAAAAAUCUUAACAAAAAAAGGCUGGUUCCCCUGCAGGAAAAAAAAAAAAAAAAAAAAAAGAAACAACAGAAUAAUUGCAUCAAAAAAAAGACAAUAAAAAAUGUGCAUCAAAAAAUGAAUCCCCCAAAAGACUCAACCAAAAAAUGUCUGGCCAGACCAGAAUAGUUCCCCUCAGAAAAACUCAACCCCCAAAAGGCCAGCCCCCUGCAAACAACUCCUCAAAUAUACCCAACCCCCAGAAGGCUGGGACCCUGAUGAAGACACACGAAAAUAUCCCACCUGAAAAAUGGAAAGACCAACAAAAUCUCCCCAAACCCUAACCUCCAAAAGGCUGGACCACCAUCAACAAUCAAAAAUAAAUAAAUAAAUAAAAAUCCAGAAACCUAACCCAAUGCAAGAAAAAAGGCCCAGCCCAAAAAAAAAAAAAAAAAAAAGGCUGCCCCCAAAAAAAGACCCCCUCAAAAACAAACAAACAAACAAAAACAACAAACAACAAAAGAAGGACAGAAAGAAAAGUGCCCCAAAAGGCUGGCACCCAACUGAAAAAAAAAAGGGCACUUCCCCAAAAGACCUGCUUAAAAAUUAAAGAAGGUGGCCAUGCAGAAAGAGCUCCUUCUCAGAAAAAAAGAAAAGACCCAAAAAGGGCAGUCCCCUCAAAAAAGGGAAAAGAUCUUUCCAACAAAGGGCAGCACUCAAAAAAGAACCCCUCAAAAAUAGGUGGAAUCCAAACAAAAUAGGGCAGCCCCUCAAAAAAAUAAAAGGACCCAAAAAAGGCACAUCCCCCACCAAAAAGAGCCCCUCAAAAACAACAGAACGGAGGCCCCAAAGGAGCAGCUCUCCAAAAAGAGCCCCUGGGGAAAAAAAAAUAAAAGAAUUGGCUCUUGGAUUAUUCCCCAUUAUUGAUCUUUCAGGUAGGCAGUGAUGAACUUUUGCUCAUAAGUAGAGAAGGACUUUGUGAUGGGAAGGUUGGAGGCCGUCUUGGGCACAGUGAUCUUGAAUUAAAUGUUUUCAAGUCUUGGAGAAGUUAGGAUUGGGGUUAUAAAGCUUCUGGAGGGCAGAUUUUGGCCUGUUAAGGGGACUGGUUGGUGAAGUCCUGAAUGAAGGGCAACGGAGGCCAGGAAGGCUGGAUGCUCUUCAAGAAAGCCUGCUCCUAUGCUUUUAGGAUUUGUCCCCAUCUGCUGAAAGAUGAGCCGUCUUGGAAGACGACCGGCCUGGCUGAACAGAAAGUUUGGGAAGAAGAAGAGGGUCUGCGACCUUUGGAAGGGGUGGGUCACUGAGGAGGACUACGAAGAUGUGGUGAGGCUGCGCAGAGACAAAAUCAGAAGGGCCAAAGCCCAGCUGGAGCUCCAUCUGGCUGCUGCUGUUACAGACAAUAAAAAAGAUUUGUAUAAAUACGUAAAAAA